AUGAUUCCAAAAGAAACAGCAGAAGCAGCAGCAGCAGCAGCUGCUGCUGCAGCAGCAGCAGCAGCAGAAGAUACACUUCGGGUGAGACGCGACGAGGUGCAGCAGCAGCAGCAGCAGCAGCAGCAGCAGAAAGAAAAUGAAGCGGAGACAGACAAAGAGGGAGAAAAGGCAAAUGCUUCUGCUGCUGCUGCAGCAGGAACAGCAGCAGAAGAAACAGCAGCAGCAGCAGCAGCAGCAGCAAACGAUAAGCCAGGAGAAGCGUCACCCAACGCUGACGCUAUAGAAACAUCCGCAGCAGCAGCAGCAGCAGCACCAACAGAAACAACAGCAGCAGAAACAACAGCAGCAGCAGGUGGGGACGAAGCAGGAGCUGCAGAAGAAGAGGAGUAG